AACAAUACAUAAGCUGACAUCGGCUGCGCCUCUCCGAGGAGUGAGGCGCUAUGCCUCUUACGAAAAGACUGCGUUCUUUAACAGAGAAAAAGAGUAAUGGUCCAAAGACAAGGCCACUUGAUGACUUCAUCAUUGUAAAUAUACCAAAAAAAGGUAAAGGUGUGCUGGCAAAAAAAUAUAUACCAAAAGGGGACACUGUGCUGGAGUAUUGUGGUGUCAUAAGGACAGAUGAACCACAUCAAAGUGAGGAUGACACAUAUAUUUUUGAAUGUGUCUUCAAAGGCAAACAGUACUGGUAUGCAGAAUGCGGGUUCCGUUCAAACGUACAAAUGGUCUUGGGCUCACGUAAACGCUUGAACAUUGAAGAAAAAAAACCCACAAAAACAAACACUUACGGUGCUUGGGCAGAAACUGGCAAUUAG